GUGCCAACGCCACUCUCUGAUCUUCAAAACAAAACAUUUACUGAUUUAGAGAUUCUGGAGCUAGAGCAGUCAGGCUUCCAGUUCAAGUUCGUGUGUUCAUCAAUCAUACUAGACCUAGGUCUAGAUCUAGUCGUGAUAUUUUGGUGUCUUGGUUAGGAUUAUAGUAAGACAAUGGAUGUGAUGUCUGCACACUACCUGUUAUUUUCUACACUACUGUUCAACUUCCAACUUGCUACAUGUCGUCCCAUUGGAUGGUUACCAUGGCGAGGUCCAGACCCAAAUCAAGGUGCUGCAUGUAGAGGAACUCCAGGCUUCGCACAAUACUGUGAUAAAUUCAGUUCAGGGCGUAUUAAAUAUUGUUCCCCGUGCAAUCUUGAACAAUUGAGGAACUCGGAUAUAUCCUUCCCAGAUGAAUGUGCUGAAUUACCAUGUCCAUGGCGCUGUCCAGAAGAGAUCAGCGACUCAAUCUCACCAGCUCCUAAUACUAGCUGUGAAUUAACAACAGCUGCUCUCACAACUCAAGAUACAACAACAUUAGCUCCAUCCACAUCAUAUGAAGGUGGAUCAUCAACACCAACACAAGGGGCAUUAUCUCUGACUACCUCAAACUAUCAGUCAACAAAACCAUCAAAUACCUCUGAUGGUCCAGCAUUGCCUCCUGGUAAUACGGGUUUAUGGGUUGGAGUGGGACUGGGAGUUCUAGCAGUGUUUAUAAUAGCCAUUGUUACAGCAUUCUGCAUGAGGAAACGCAGGCGUCGAAAGCCAGUACCUACAUCCUCCUCCUGUGAGCCUAUGAUAGCAGGUAGCAAUGAGUUUCCUCUGACCCCGCCUCAAACACCCACAAGUCCAGAGAUCAUCCCUGGAUGCACAUCAGUAGAGAUCACUACACAGGAAAGUAAUAUGUUUGUAAAGCUUGACUGUAACUGUGGAGAAGAUGCCAUUGCUGUUGGACCAGAGGGAGUUACUCUUACUGGCUUGCUACCAUCAACAAGGUAUCAUAUUGUCGUAGGUACUCAGGAGGGUGAUACAACCUUUUACCCCAAACAUCAUGAGGUCACUAAAACAUUAACAGAUGAAACACAAGCUGUUAACAGGUGUAAUUGUUCAUUACACAAUCUGAAGACUCAUAUAGAAAAUAAUCCAAUGGAUUCCCUGAGUCUUAAAGCUUUGUUUGGGCGUAUCAAUCAGGAUGAAGGAGAUCUACUAAGAGCUCUAAGUCAGGUUCUUAAAGUCACUUCACUCACAGAUGUUGCAGGCUCACCUCUAUUUGAGGAAAUGAUUGCUAUUGAUAGCCAGUUGUAUGCAGAAGAGGACAGUAUUAAAGUGUACGACAUACAGCGUGCACUCGCAGGACAAAAUCAACAGGUGCCUCAGUUUGUGGCAGACAUCUGUCAAAAAUUAAGUUCCAUUCACGAGGAUUGUUUGCCUUGUAAGCACUUAGUCUGUGAAGUUUCUAGGACUUCUAUCGAGACUACUGUUUAAAGGAUAUCCUUAUAGACACCUGUCAUGGUGAGGAAGGUGGUAUCUUAAAGACCGUCAAUACUACUGGGCCAGAAGGGAUUAGACCACACAGCGAGGUCACUGACAAGUGGCUAUCUCAUUAA